AUGCUCGAGCCUCACGAUAGCCCAAUGAAGUGGCCAGGCACAGGCGGUGAAGAAGAGGCCGGAGAAGGUGGAUUGCAAGCGGCGCGCGCGUCUCAAAACCGCGCUCAGGACGACGCUGCCGUGCACUAUAUGUUCCAGCGAGAAAAUCAAGAAACCGAACUGUCCUUAGCUUCUAAACAACGGUGGGCCGUUGGUGAUGAUAAUAUUGCUGAGAAUCAAGAUAAAUGGAAACACCCUGCACCAAUGGCAAUGAAUAAUAUGCAACCUCAAGGACAGAUGGUGCCCUUAAAAAAUGCACAGGUUACCCCACAACAAUAUAUUAAUCAAAAUAUUGCAUCAUCAGUGGGGCCGCUGGCUAUCAAUCCAUCAGUUAUUGGUAGUCACCCACAUUUGACAACCAGCAUGGUUCACACUCAGAUGGCACCACUUCAAAAUCAUGCCUUGGGAAAUAAUCUUAUUCAAAAUAGUGCAAUGAUGUUACCACCAUUACAAGGCAUGCAAAAUGCUCCACAACUUGGACAACAAGGAAUAUAUGAUAUGCACCAACACCAUGCAAAUCCAAUUCAGGCAAUUAAUGGUAUAGGGAAAAAUGAACACAUGAUGUAUAUAAGCCAGGCUGGUAUGCUUGCCCCUGGAACUAAUCAAUUUCUCCAGCAAGGACAAAAUCAAUUAGGACUUGCACCAAUGCCAGCUGUCAGAAAUCAGAUUGCACCUGCUGCCAAAAAGCUAUGGGAUAAAGGCCCAGGUGCGGGAGGAGACAGCAAGGGUCCUCCUCAACUACCUCCUUUGCAGCUUAAUCCUGAACAAAUGUGGCGUGACUCCACCUGGUCUGCUCAGGUGGAACACAAUGUUGGUGUACCGAUGAUGGGUACACGACGCGGUGUAGCCUUUCCUGGUGGAGACGCGAGCAGCAUUCUGUCACCAAGGGACACAGCUGGCCUUGGAGUAAAGAUGGUUGAAUAUGUGCUGGGUGGAUCACCUACAGAAGCAGGUGGGGUUGCUUCCGGUGGCAACGAGAAAGUCGCUGGUGUAGUGUCGGGCCUGCGAGGCAUGGUCCUUGAAGAACGCAACGAGGAGAAAUCAGGAUCACCGUUUGACAAAGAUCUGCAUGAACUACAUGACCACGGGCAGUUGCCUAACGGCCUUCAUAAUGGCCAGGAAGACGACAAGGCUUUUAAUCGCACUCCGGGCUCUCGGCAGCCGUCUCCGGCCGAAGAAGACGGAGGGGUGGGCAUGAGCCAGAGCGUGGGGGUGCGAAACGGCGAGGCGGCCUUCCCGCUGCUGCCGCCGCACGCGAUGCCCGCGCACCAGCCGCAGCCACUGCACCAUUUGCCGCAUCUGCAGCACCCGCAGCAUCACCCAGGAAUGUUAGGUGUGGCUCCGCUCCAGGGUCUGCCCCAUCCACAACAUCCACAGAUACAUCCUGGCAUGACUCUGAAUGACUCCAUGAACCAACACAUUGAACUUGUUCUACAAAUGGAACAGCAUCCUCAAUUUGACAACAACAGCUUCGCAAAUACACAACAGUACGCUGGUGGCGUGGGCGUAGGGGGAGUAGGCGGUGGCGUGGGCGGAGCGGGGACAGGCGUGGGCGGUGGCGCCCUCGUCAACGGCGCUUCGGUCCAGCCCGCUCCUGACUCCUCGCAGCACCAUCAGCCCUUUGACGUACAGGAUGGACACCAGACCAGACAUGCGGCUAGUGGGGUAUCCUGA